AUGCUGAAGCCGCGUUGUUACCGGGCGAACUUUUCGCGCCGCAUCUUACAUCCCAUCAUGACUCUCUACCCGUCGAUCUCGGCGAUGCGAGGCUUUGAAUUCUACUGUCCUGAUCGAAGGCCAGGCGUCCACGUGGCAUGGCAAAUCGCCGUGACGUUUUUGUUCGUCCUGGCGGUGUGCCCAUCGAAAUUGAGCGCGCUGCGGCUAGGAGCGGCGCGGCGAGCGGCGAGCGAACCACGUCUCGCCACGUUGGUUCUUCUUCCGGAGAAUAAAUACGGAGCGCGAUGCCUGGAUGGGAGUCCGCCGGGGUAUUACCUGCGGGCGGCACCUGGGGAAGGCGUCACCUCGUGGCACAUCCACUUUCCGGGCGGCGGGUGGUGCGGCAACAAGAGGCAGUGCAGAUGGCGGGCCGGGCGGCUGCUGGGCGGCACCACCAGGUGGCCGCCGACCAAUAACGCCUCGUGGGUGCAGGGCCGUUUCAGAGGCAUCUUGAGCAGCAACGAUGAGGCGAACCCGUUCUUUGCGGGGUGGCAUCUGGCCAUGCCUGUCUACUGCGAUGGGGGCGGCUAUGCGGGAGCAGCCGGGCGCGUGGCCGUGGGGGAGGGGCGCUACGUGCACAUGGAUGGCAGCAGGAUCGUCAGCGCUAUCAUGGACGACCUGCUGGCGAACCGGGCGAUAGAAAGGGCGACGACGGUGCUGGUGUCGGGGACGUCAGCGGGGGGGCUGGCAGUGAUGCGCCUGUGUGACUCCCUCGCUGCUCUGCUGCCCCGCGCCACCGUCAAAUGCCUCCUCGAUGGCUCCUUCUUCCCCGACGCACCGGACCGCACGGGGCGAAUGCACUUCCAGAGCCUGGCUCAGCAGGUCUCAGCGCUGCAUCAAUUCUCACCGCGGUCCCGCUGUGAUCAAGUGACCCCUGCAUCUGAGCGGUGGCGAUGCUUCUUUCCCCAAUACGCCCUUCCCCUUGCCUCUUCUCCCUUCUUUAUCGUCAACCCUGCCUUCGAUAGAGUCUCGCUGCUGAUUGUGAAGGUUGACAGGACUCCUAUCAAUGUGGCUGUUGCUCGAUGGGUGGCAUGGGGGAGUACUGAUCCACCAAUGCUUUACGCUUGA